UUGUAAUUUAAUCGUUAGUACUCUAAGAUGGGAACGAGCCACGAGCAAGAAACAGCGAUUUUCUUUGACUACGUAACUAGCGCAUUGUCCUUUGGUUUAACAGUCAAAGCCCUCGACCGUUGCCUUCCUUCCUCUGCUCUUCUCCUGCUACUACGCUCCACUGCGACAAGUGCCACAAGCUAUUCCUUACAACUUAUUGGCAUAUACAACUGAAUUAACUCCAAAUAUAUGAAAUCCAAUGCUUUUCUUACCAACAACUACGCAUUUGAGUAUCACAUAGCUUCUCUUAUCCAAAAAUGCCCGAAUAUGAAAGCCCUCCGCCAAAUCCACGGGCGUGUACUCAGGAACCCUACCCUUUCGCCUCAGCCUUGUACUUUUGUACUCUGCAAAAUCAUUAGUUUCUGUGCCCUUUCGCCAAAUGGUGAUAUUCACUAUGCCCACCGACUGUUCGAUGAUAUUCCCCAACCAAAUGUCUUCUCUUGGAACUCCAUGAUAAGGGGAUGCACUCAGAUUCAAAACCAAUCCAGGGAGCCCAUUGCAUUGUACAAGAAGAUGCUAUGCUCUGGCUUUGCCAAGCCUAACAGUUUCACCCUUGCUUUUGUCCUGAAGGCCUGCUCGAACAUCUCGGCCUUGUGCGAAGGACGACAAGUUCAUUCCCAUGCAUAUAAAUAUGGCCUUGAUUUUAGUCCCUUUGUUCAGACUGGGUUGCUGAAUUCUUAUGCAAAGUGCGAGGAACUUGCUUCUGCACGGUUUGUUUUUGAUGAUAUUUCUGAUAAGAAUUUGAUAGCAUGGAGUGCUAUGAUUAGCGGGUAUGCAAGGAUUGGGAUGGUAAAUGAAGCUUUGGGAUUGUUUAGGGAAAUGCAGGAAGUGGGUAUCUCUCCUGAUGAGGUCACGAUGGUGAGUGUCAUCUCAGCUUGUGCAAAGGCUGGGGCAUUGGAUUUGGGGAGAUGGUUACAUUCAUUUGUUGAUAGGAAGGGGAUUAGAACUGAUUUGGUAUUGAGUACUUCACUGAUUGAUAUGUAUGCCAAAUGUGGUUUGAUUGAAAAAGCAAAGAAAGUGUUUGAUGAGAUGGGAAUCAGGGAUACCAUGGCUUGGAGCACAAUGAUUGUUGGCUUUGCAACUCAUGGGCUUGUUGAUGAAGCUUUGAAGCUUUUCUCAAGGAUGUUAGAUUCAAAGGUAAAACCUAAUAAUGUGACUUUCCUCGGUGCUCUCUCAGCCUGUGCCCACAGUGGUCUCGUAAGAGAUGGUAGGAGGUUUUGGUCAUCCAUGCAUGAUUUAGGCAUUGAACCACUGAUGGAACAUUAUGGAUGCAUGGUUGAUCUACUUUGCCGAGCUGGCCUUUUUGAAGAAGCAUACUCAUUUGUCAAAAGGAUGCCUUUUCCACCAAAUGCUGUAAUUUGGAGGACACUUCUUGUGGGAUGUAAGAAAAAUGGAGGUCAAGAUAAGGAGGAAAUUAUAGCUGAGCAUCUCCUACAGUUAGAGCCACUAAAUGCAGAGAAUUAUGUGCUUUUAUCAAAUAUUUAUGCCCUUAGAUCUCAUUGGGACAAGGUGAGUGAUAUGAGGAAAAAGAUGAAGGAAAAAGGUAUCAAGGUUACUCCAGGAUGCAGCUACAUUGAAAUUGAUGGUUUUGUGCAUAAAUUUAUAGUAAGUGAUGAGUCCCACCCAGAGAUCAAGCAGAUUAGGGCAGAAUUGAAAGCCAUAUCCAAGCGAGUUAGAUUUUCUGGUCAUCUGCCAUGGACUUCAUCUGUUUUGCAUGAUGUAGAUGAAGAGGAAAAGGAAAAUGCUCUUUGUGAGCACAGUGAAAGGUUGGCUAUUGCUUUUGGGCUAAUAAAGACUAAAGCACCUGCAAUGAUUCGAGUUGUGAAGAACCUCAGAUUUUGCUCCGACUGCCAUGAAGUGACGAAAAUUAUAAGCCAGGAAUAUGGUAGAGAGAUCAUUGUAAGGGACCGUGUUAGAUUUCAUCGGUUUGUUGGUGGAACAUGCUCAUGCAACGAUUUCUGGUAAUGGAUAAAAAGCAGUCAUUAGCUGCCUUAUACCAAAUAUGAAGUUCUGUUUUUGUGACUUAUUUCCAACCAACAUGGUACAAUCAAGCUAACAUCUUUGGAGGAAAAAUGAACUAGAAAAACUGCUUCACAUUGAAAGAAAAUGGGCACUCUUUAAGUAACGCUACACUUCUAUGCUACAGGCAGAUAAGGAUUGUUUUUAACAGGUUUCGUGCUUGAUUAGUAUGUUUGAUUUGAAGGGCAGUGCUGCCAGCACGAGGCUUGUUUUAGUAGAUUGGUAGAAGCGCUACUUUAUAAGUUGCCGUCAGAUCAUGUCGGAGCAUUAGUGUGGACGAUUACUACAGGAUCAGAUCUACGAGCAAUAGGAUAUAUUUGAUAUUUUUAUAUAUUAUAGUAGUUCAUUAGGAAGUUUCAUUUCUGCAAUUGUUUCUUUUAUAUCUCUUUGCUUAUUGUGGUUUUAUUUUGAUGAUGUACUGUUAUUUGAAUAUAUGAUAAUGAAAUGAAAAUUCAGUUUUUCC